GGUUGGGCGUAUUAGUCAUCCGAGUUGGUCUGAGGUUGGGCGUGCUAGUCAAUGGGUGGGAAUAUAAUGGCGUCCGCAAAGAACACAUCCACAAGCGUUGGACCAUCUGCCCCCGGGGAGGGACGACCUGUACAGCAACCUACUCCUCAGUAUAUGCACGCAAAGAGAGCACAAUGGUUUUUGGACUUCGUUGUUCAGGGGGACCUUUUUGGGCCAGCUGUUUUCAUGCGACCCACUUGCGUUACAGACGCUGGGGGAGCGGUCAAUGUUGUUCCUCUCGGUACCGUCGUCUCGUGCGCGAAGACUCCUGGAGGUUUGCUCAAGCUGCACACUAACAACAUUUACGACGAGUGCAGACUGCCUAUCAGAGGUGUUAAAGGUGUGCUGGUGACCAUCAAGAGUUUCACGGGGUACGACUCGAACAUGCCGUUGUGCUCUCACUUCAAAGGCCUUUACGAUGGCGGCAGCAAGCGUCUUCCAUCGCUAGAGCAAUAUCUCGAUCUCGCGCUGAUGGUGCCGAAAGAACGUCCGGUUCUUCUGCCAGAGCAUGUUUUCCGGCUUCUGCCAUCCCGUGAGGGGUCGUCCGGCUUGGCUCAAGAAACUCCAGGUACGGCAGUGGGGCGUGGGAGUCCGAUUCAAGACGCUGGGGGUCAGGUCAAGGGACGCGGCGUUCACACGCAGGUCGGCCCGGAUGCUCCUAGGAACACGUCGGACUUGCAUUCUCAGGGGACUCAACAAGUCAGUACUUCGAAACUUAUCAAGGUCCACUGCGGCGCCGACACGUAUUUGCUUCGAGAUGAGACGAGAAGAGAUUUAAGCAGAUUCGGGCUAGAUGUUGGAGGGAAUGAGGCUGAAGAGAUGGGCGCUGUCCGCGAAAGCUCUGGCGCAGAGCAGACUCCUUCGGAGAAGAAGAGCGAGCGAAGGAGGAUGGUGCGAGAGGAGGUGGCGGAAGGAACCCUCCGCAUGAAGAGGAUGAGAGGAAAAACGGAGGCGGUGAUGGGCGGGGAUAGAGGUGGCGACGGAGAACGUGCCUCGGGAAAGAGGCCGACGAAGGAAGAGGGUGGGACGGCAAGUAAGAAAGCGAGGAGGCCCGACGGUUUGACCAUCCGCGAAGGACAAGCUGUGGGUGGAGGAGAUUCGGCUGAUCUAGGCGCCCCGGCCGUGAGAGAACCUUCGGGGAAAUCGAAAUGGAAAGUGGCAGCUGAAGAAGGCAAUGGCCAGAAGAAACCUCGAAGGCAGAAGACUGCUGAGGCGGCGAGCGGGGGCGAACGGCCUGUCCGUGAGGAGUGCAACGAAGCGGCAGCGUUCUGGCUCGAAUACGAGCGGAACGAUGGCGGUGAGAUCGUGGAGAAGGAGCUCCCCGUCCAACUGCUCAUCGACCCAAGGAAGGUCUGUGACAUCCCGUCUUGGGAAAGAUAUUACAACCACCGCGGUCUAAAUCGCGAAACUGUAGACGACAUCAAGGCUGCGAUGCUGCGUCAAUUCCGCGAGAAAAGGGGGAAGAUCUGGAUGAAAAACCCUUUGGUUCUAGCACCCAUCUACAAGCCGGUGGAGUGUAGGCCGGAGCAAGCUGACAGGGUUCACAAAGAUGUCUUCAAGCCAGAGGACAAGGACGAGUACUACUAUUACCCUGUUAACGGACAACACACCGUGGCCGCUGUGAAGGAGUUGGAGGGUGAGCCAAUAUUUGUAUUGUGGAAGAUGCACUCGUGGCCCGCGAGAGUGGUGUGGUUCUCGGACCGAGAUUUCGCGGGUUAUAGGCAGUGGAUGCCGCUCGUGAUGGCCGGUGAUGACAUUUUCCGCAAAGCCAUGGAGUUCUACGCGAAAUGGGCGGAGGGGAAGUUGUUCGGCGGCGACGGCAAGACGCCAUUGUCGGGGCCGGGCAAAUACAUGCCAGACAAAUCUCCGGGUCUGCAAGCAAUUCCGGGAAUGGGCUCGAAAGGGGCGGCUGGUGAAACGAAGAUGGGGUGGCUUGUCCGGGUACCUCCGCCUCCUACCAAAAAGAAAACGCAAGCGGACGACAAGUUUUUCGUGGUCGUGAAGGAGCCAAACAUGUUCUGUUGGCAGUGUCCCGCCGACAUGACCGAUGUCGAGAAACUGUCGAUCCUUGACGAUAUUCUCGCGCCAAGGGGAGUGUUCGGCACGGUGGAGUACGUGAACACUUGCAAACGUAGUCUUCCGCACGAGAAGGAGUCCAUCGACGACGUGGAGAGAUUGUACGAUAAUGACAGGUUCCCUAAAUCUUUCGAAAAGUCUGUCCGUUCCAUCUUGCGACGGACGGAAGAAGAAGUUCGAGACACGAUCAGGGUCAGCGGGGAUGUGAGGCACAUCAAAUGGCCCGACCUCAACCGGGUGACCAACCUUAUUCCUUUUGCUUUCCCGCCUUCCCAAGCUCACAGUCAGGUCACUGCGAUCCGUGAGGUUGUGCGACAUUACGUGUGUAACCUGUACGUCCUCGGUUUGUGUGAUCCCACACUCCUCACAGACUGGCGAGAAGAUGAUUUCGCCAACUUGCAAGGCCUUCUACAAACAUUUUCGCCAACGCACUGGGCACUUGUGAUCUUUUUCCCCUCUCAUUGGGAGCUCAGUUUCUUGAAAGGCAUGGCCAGGCUUAGCGUCCAUCACGUCAGGACAGGGAAGUGGGUAUGUAAUGCACAAAAGCAGGCCACUGUCCGGGAAGGCAAUAUGUUGGUUGAGGAGUGUGACCGCCUGUACGUGAUAUUUAAUGGCAAAAAGCUGGAAGACAACACAUACGCAGUCUACCCGGCCAGUAGCCCGACAAAGGUUUCCCAUUCCGAAGGUCCAAGUCUGGCCAAACACAUGGUGGCGGCCCGCUCGAAACCUGUGUGCUCAUCGGACCCAUCAGGACAGGCUGUGGCGUGUUUCGACGUGGCGGAAGAGGAAAGGUUCUCUCGUAGCAUGUGGGAGGACGGCGGCGUGACAAGUUCUCAAGGACCUGCUUACGGGGAGAUGGAGUGGAACCCGUCCUGUCUACUUGGUCUACUCGAAAACUUUUGCAAAGCUGGGCAAACAUUUUUUUUCUUUGGGAAGGCGCAUGCGUCUGUCGUGUGGGGACUCCUCCGCACCGGUCGGAACGUCGUCGCGUUGGAGAAGGAGGCGAGAAUGAUCGACUACCUUCACGAGUUCGUGAAAACACGCGUUGCAGACACUCGCAAUGCUUGCGAGUUUGUCCGCACCAUCGGCGAACGAAACUGGGAUCCCAAACGUGACAUGUAUUGGAAAUUGUCAGGGAACAAAAGGACGGACGUUUGGGACUUCCUUUUCGGACCCGAACCGCCUGGUCCGAGCGACCUCGAAUACAGUCGACGGAGAAACCUGGUGUUCGCUGUGCUCAAUGGGUACCAUGGUGCACCUAGGGAGUCUGUCUCGCACUUCCUGAGAAGGCUGGAGCACGUUUACUUCACGCUGGCCGAACCGCUCACUCUCGAAAACUACAAGUCACAGUUUGACGAGGAGGACCCUUUCGACGCUGAAGACAUGGAGGAGCUGAGCGACUCCGAAACAUUCGAUUUCGAGUCCAUGCCACUUCCUCGGGUGGUUGGACAGGUUGGUGAUGAAGAGGAAGGUGGCCCUCGGAGAUAUAGCACGUCCCCUGCCGGUUUGAAGCGUGUGUUUCGGGGCGAACCAGUCGACGACCAAUCGUCUGAUGACGGGGAGGAAGAGAGAGACUAUGAUCAUGAACCUUGUGACAGGCUCCUUGUGGACCAUGACACCUGGCAGAAUGACAGACUCUACUUCUUCGGCAAGCAUCACCGGUUCACGUCGGAGGAUGUCUGGGGACACAACGUCGUCUGGCACCCGAGGAUAUUCCAACCUGCUGUGAGGACUGGAAUAUGGGUCAUGGCAAUAAAGGAGGCCGGUGGCAAGUGGCUGAGACUGAAGAGACUGGGAGCGGGUGCAUUUAAGAGGAAGGCAAGAACUGCUCUAGUGGAGCAUUUGAGUCUCAUGAAACCCGAGAGGAACGAUCAGGACAUCGAUGCGUAUGCAGAACAAAAGCUACAUGAGUUGUACGCCAACAACAUGUUGGAGUUUCGAGCGCCUUUCUACGCACUCGAAACGGCACCGUCUCGUGGCAUUGACUGGCGCAUGCCGCAACCUCCGCCGGCCGGUCAGCAUCCGAGAGGGGGUGGUGGAGGAGACGAAGGAGACGGCGGAGGUGGCGGAGGAGACGGCUCACAGUUUGCCGGAAAGGGGACGGGCGAGACAUCGUCGGUUGAGAAGGCGUCCGGCGGAAAGGGGUCGGGCGGGAAGAGGUCGGGUGGGAAGGGGUCGGGCGGGAAGGGGUCGGGCGGAAAGCGUAGAACGAGCGAAGGUGCGACCUCCGGUUCCCUCGGCUCAGGCGACCGCCACAAACUCCGAAUACAUUCGGAUUUGCUGACGUCGCCGUCCGCCAUAAGUGCUCCUCACGCAACAGUUCCGCAGGGCCAAGAAAAUGUGACGUCCUGGCCCCCGCAUCUUCAGUUGGACACAGGGUUACCGUGCUCGCCUCCUUUCUCAUGUGUUAAGACUCGAGACUGGCGGUCUAGCGACGUGCUGGAGGGGCCCGCUUUAGGAGUGUUGGAGACCGGGGGUAGCGAGAAUGAACGUCACACUCUUGGGGAAGAUGAGCGCUCUCCGGGAACGCGUGCUGUACAUCGGGAAGAGGAGACUCAAUGCUGGCAGUCUCGCAAAGUGUUGGAGACCGGGGGUAGCGAGUGUGAACGUCAUGCUUCGGAGGGUGCGUCCGUGGACACUGACAGCGAGAGUGCAGGAGCUGCGGGGGAAACGCAUUCUGUACAGCGGGGAGAGGAGACUCGACACGGGACGGCUCGUGAAGACGUGAAGUGGCUCCACGCACGAGCGCUGGUGAUCGGAACGUCCAAAGAGGUUCUGCACAGUCACUCGACUGUGGCCACGACGCGAGAGGGUGUCGUUAAGGGAGGUCAGUGGACGUCCAUGCGAGCUCCCGUUCUUGGCGACGAUGAAGACCAAGAAGAACCCGCGGUGGAAGCUCGGGUUCAUGGCGAUGAGAAAGGCGGAAAUCCCAUGGUGGAAGGCGGUGAGGUGACUGUCGACAUCCGGACGGAUCCACAGCGGAAAGAUGGUGAUUCUUCGCCCACCCGUUGCAGUGAAGAACAGGGUGGUCGAGCGUCUGUCCUGAGAACCACUCGGGGAAUGGUGCUUCAUGAAGCCAUAGAGUUGGGUGACGACUCGGCAGCCACCGAGCUGGUUAGCGACUCAGGCGUGGCCGAGAUGCAGAACGUCGAAUCCUCCGUGGAAGGCGGUGAGGUGGCCGUCAGCAUCAAGAUGGAUCUAGAGUGGAAAGAUCAUGAUUCUCCGUCCACCCGUUGCGGUGCUGAACAGGGUGAUCGAGCAUCUGUCCUCAGUACCGGUCGGGAGAUGGUGCUUCAUGAACCCAUCGACUUGCCAAGCGACUCAGCUGCCACCGAGCUGGUUAGCGACACAGCCGUGGCCGAGGUCCCGAACCUCGAAUCGUUCGUGGACGUUGGCGCAAUGGCGCGACAGAAGGGCGAGUUCCCUCAAAGGGCUCCCGAGCACGAUAAGAUUUGUGAAUAGGACCACUCGCAUAUCUAUCAGUAGCUUGCUCUGUGUUCGUCCAAAUUGAUGUCAUGGGCUAAUGUACCCAUUACC